CAUUGCCCACGGAUCAACAUUUUUUCUGCUUCGCCACCUCCGCCGGCCGCUUAUCAGAGAAAUUCCUCUCCGCCGCCCCAAGAAACUUGGCUCCGCCACUCCCCUCCGCCGACUAGAGCCGUUCGGUGAUAGCCAAGAUCCGUUCGGUCCCAAUGUCAAGGGCUUGGCCUCUUGCCGUUCAACACCAUAACCACAGUUAUUGGCAGGAAGACAUCAUAAGAAAAUGUUGUCCUUGGCACCCAUCCUGACCGGUGGGUCGUUCGACCCUCUCUUAUCAAUCACCCAACCCGUCUUUGCCGGCCGAGGAAUAUAUAUGCAGCGGGGUAGCCACCCUCUCCUUGGGCUUCAGACCAAAGCCCUCUGUUGUAUAUCUUUCCUUAGACAUUCCCUACUAUUCCCUCGACUAGGAAUAGAACCAAUUUACGACAUACAGAACAAUCACUUCAAUUGCCAUCAGAUGACGCAGAUUCAUGAUGGCACCCACAACACAAACACCACAAGGAACUGACCGACACCCAUUUCUGCUAUCUGUUGAAGAUGUUGCUCGGCAACUGGGAACCAACAUCGAGACCGGUUUAAGCGCCAGGCAGGUUGCAGAGCUUCGAAAUGAGUUCCCACCGAACGAACUCGAGGGUGGAGGAGGCGUUUCUUGGUACAAGAUCCUCCUCAAGCAGAUUAGCAAUGCCAUGAUUUUGGUCCUGGUCUUUGCAAUGGCUCUGAGUUUUGGAGUGAACGACUACAUCGAAGGAGGAGUCCUUGCAGCAGUAAUUUUCUUGAACGUCUCCAUUGGAUUCUUCCAAGAAUUCAAGGCUGAGAAGAAAAUGGAUUCUUUGCGAGCUCUUUCGUCACCCAGUGCGUCGGUAUUGCGAGAUGGCAAGAACGAAGUUAUUCCCAGUGCAGAAGUGCUUCCUGGAGACAUUAUUAUUUUGAAGACUGGGGAUACAGUCCCAGCCGACGUUCGAGUAUUCGAAGCUAUGAAUCUUAACUGUGACGAGAAAUCGUUGACUGGCGAAGCCGAGCCGGUCGAGAAGCGCAUAGCGCACGAUGUCCGCAUCCCAGGUUCGGACAAUCUAGCAACGGAGGAAGGAGAAGUUGGUAUUGGCGAUCGCUUCAACAUGGCAUACUCGACAACAACUGUUACCAAAGGUCGUGGCCGAGGCAUUGUGACGUUCACCGGAAUGCAGACGGAAGUUGGAAAGAUCGCAGCGUCGACUACGAAGAAGACUCGAAAGGCCGGGCGAUCCAUGAACUACAAGAAGUAUGGCAAGACUCAACCGGUGAAAGGUGGAGCUCGACGAGUUUAUGACUUCAUUGGCAAGUUCCUUGGCCUGACCGAGGGAACACCUCUUCAGCGAAAGCUAUCCGCGCUUGCCUAUCUCUUGUUCGGCUGCGCUAUCUUGCUUGCUAUCAUUGUAUUCGGAGUCAAUCGAUUCAAUGUUACUGACGAAGUUGCUGUCUAUGCUAUCUCUACCGGUAUCGCCAUCAUUCCUGAAUCUUUGAUUGCUGUUCUCACAAUCACAAUGGUGGUCGGAAUGACAGUUAUGAGAAAAGCCAAUGUUGUCAUCCGAGACUUAUCAGCCCUCGAAGCUCUUGGAGGCAUCACCAACAUCUGCUCAGACAAGACCGGCACUCUUACUCAAGGAGCUAUGAUCGUAAAGAAGGUCUGGCUACCAAAGGUUGGAAUCUACACCGUCAACCACUCGACCGACCCCAGCAACCCAACCCAGGGCACGGUCACCAAAGGUCCCGAGCCUUUUCUUACGAGUACUACUGACGAGAAGAACGACGACGACCGCCAACUCACAUUCGACAUCCCACUGGCGAAGCUCGCAAAAGAUCAACAAAAUAGAAAUCUCUCUGAAGACGAAAAAGUGGCAGAGCUCACUCCCCAACUCGAAGCAUUCUUGGUGCCGACAGCACUUUGCAACUUAGCCACUGUGCUACUUGAGAAGACCGAAGGUGAUAGAAAGGAGAAAUGGCAGACCACAGGGGAGCCGACCGAGAUUGCUCUGCAAGUCUUCGCUCGUCGAUUUGACUUUGGCAAGAAACGUCUCGAGGCCGAUGGAUGGAAGCAAAUUGCAGAAUUUCAAUUCGACAGCAGCAUCAAGCGGAUGUCUGUCGUCUACAGAGAUCCAGAGACAAACGACAGCAUGAUCUACACCAAGGGUGCUGUAGAACGCAUCCUCGAUCUUUGCUCUUCUAUUGGAACUGGCUCGAACAACGAAACUAUGACUGAUAAAAUGAAGGAACAUGUCAUUGCUCAAAUGGAUGAGCUUGCCGGUCAAGGUCAACGAGUGCUCGCAGUCGCUUCUAGAACCUGGGAUGGGGACUUUCCCGAACAGCACGGAAGCAACGUCGACUCUCUUCGCACAGAAGUCGAACAAGAGCUGACACUCAUCGGUCUCGUCGGAAUCUACGACCCUCCCCGCGACGAAACCAAAGACGCAAUCAGAGAGUGUUCAGAAGCAGGUAUAAAAGUACACAUGCUCACAGGCGACCAUCCUGCAACAGCCACGGCAAUCGCAAAAGAAAUCGGCAUUAUCCCUCACAACCUAUCAAUCCUGCCACCCGAAGUCUCAGCAUCAAUUAUCCAAAAAGCAACCGAUUUCGACGCCCUCACCGAUGCCCAAAUCGACGAUCUUCCCUCCCUUCCCCUCGUCCUCGCCCGCUGCGCACCGGACACCAAAACCCGCAUGAUCCAGGCCCUGCGCCGUCGCGGACUCUACAUGGCAAUGACAGGCGAUGGCGUGAACGACGCUCCCUCUCUCAGCUCCGCAGAUGUAGGCAUAGCCAUGGGUCUCGCCGGUUCCGAUGUCGCCAAAGGAGCUGCAAAGAUCGUCCUCACAGACGACAAAUUCAACAGCAUCGUUGCCGCGAUCCGCGAGGGGCGGAGGAUGUUCGACAACAUCCAGAAAUUCGUCAUGCAUCUGCUCGCCUCUAAUGUCGGGGAGGUGAUCCUUCUCAUCGCAGGUCUCGGGUUCCAGGAUGAGAGCAAUCAAUCCGUGUUCCCCCUGUCACCUCUCCAGAUAUUAUGGAUAAACAUGAUUACCUCCUCAUUUCCAGCUUUCGGACUGGGCCGCGAACCAGCAAGUUCUGAUAUCAUGAGAAGGAAACCACAUUCAAUAAAAUACGGUGUCUUCACUCCGCAAAUCAUCGUCGAUAUGCUCGUGUAUGGCCUCUUGAUGGGGACUUGCACCCUUUUGACCUUUGUCAUCAUCAUCUACGGCGUCUACGAUGGCCGUCUCGGAUCCGACUGUAAUCGGAAUUAUCAAACGGAUACAUAUCUCUCGUCUUGCGAGCCCGUGUUCCGUGCGCGAGCAACAGCUUUCGCGGAAUUGACGUGGUUGAUCCUCGUCGCGGCGUGGGAAUUCAAAUCUAUUCGACGGAGCAUGUUCCGCCUUGAUCCUGCUACUCAAUCAAGAUUUCCUUUCUUUAAAGAUGUUUAUGAGAACAGGUUCUUGUUUUGGGCAGUGGUUAUCGGUGCGGUUUCUGUCUUCCCAGCCGUUUACAUUCCGGGUUUGAACACGAAAGUGUUCAAGCAUGUCGGCAUUACCUGGGAGUGGGGGCUUGCUUUUGGUGCGGUGAUUGUGUUCGUCCUUGGUGUUGAGGCUUGGAAAACUGUGAAGAGGGCUACUGGAUGGUUUAUCUCGGAAGAGGAGAAUGAGGAGGAAAGGAGAGGCGGAAGAUUUGGAUUGAGACAAGGAUUUUGGGGACGUGCGAGGAGCAGAGCAUCUUCGAUUCGCAGCCUCAGUAGGAAGGGGACGGAGAUGAGUGAAGGGUCAAUUGGUGACAAGGUCGCGGAGAUGGGAGCACUUGGUGCUGCUCCAACGACGCGGAGUUUGUUGACACCGCAGAGGGAGGGGGAGCAGGUUUCAGAGUUAUGAUUUGAUGAUGACUUUUGUAUUGGAUAUAUAGACCUGAUUUUACUGGAAAUGCAAUGAAUGACGCAAAUAGAUCGUAGAUUUUGGUACCGU